AUGGCCAGUGACGCGGAACCUCCUGACAUGCUGGACAUUAUGAUGGGCGAGUCGGAUGAGGAGGAUAGUAUCGCUAAGCCCCGUCGUCCACUCAUUUCGGAUCUCCUUGACUCUCCUGGAUCUGCCCAGAUCUCCUUGCCUCUCCACUCUGCUUCUCAGACACCCCUCGUGCCCCGCCACACUACCCCGUCCCUGGCGGCUCCAUUUGCGCCAUCCAACUCACCACAUGAGCAUCUCCACCGCCACGCCUCGCCAAAGCUUGGGAUGAAAGUCAUGGCAGUUCGCCAAUCCAUAGGCAUGCACUCAUCUCAGAUUCCACCCCCACUGCACCCAGUGGAAUGUUCAACUUCGACACUCCUGGCAUCUCGCCAAUCCCUCGACGUGCCCUGUUGGAAGCUACUCCCCUUCCUCCACCAGCUCACACUUUCGACUUUCGCACUCCUGACACCUCCCAACUCCCUCGAUGAUCGCUCAUUGCUGAGCCCCUUGACGCUACGCCACGUACAUCCAUCUACUUCGAUAGUCAAGCAAUGCCAAAACUGCUGGACUUUGACAAUAGUCCUCCCGCCAUGCCAGGACGAUGGCGAGCUCUGCACUUCGCCUCCAAAGAGGCGGCCUUUGUUGGAUGAUGUUUUAAGUCCACCGCCUCCGCCAUCGGCACCCUCUCACUCGCCAGCUCGCACUUUCGAUGACAGCAAUUUCCACCACGAUGCACCUGUCAUUCACUAUAUGAAAGGCAGCAUCGAGCCAGUCACUGUUACUUCCAGGAUGCCAAGUCUGGCAGCACUUCCAGAUGAGCUGCCGAUCCAUCGUCCCACCCAUUGGGAACAGGUUCCAGGCUUAUUCCCAGAUACCACACAGCUGCUGCCAAUGGCAGUCCCUGGAGAGACGAAUGCCGCUUCUGGCUCACAAGUGGCCCGCCUCGGUAGAUCGUUUGCACAGAUCGCAGCAGAGGCAGACAGUUCCAUGGACGAUGACGAAGGUGAUAGCUUUGCGGUUAGUCGUCGUUGCGCCAUGUUGCGGGAGCGCAUUGUACGUCUUCAGCGUGAGCUCAACCUCACUGAGGAUAUGCACGUUGCGAACCUCAAUGCCAGCUCGACCGUGUUCCAAAUGGGGUACAUUCUGAGGGACAUUCGUGGCGAGGCGUAUCGCAGCAACUGA